CCUUAGACAUAUACUUAAAAUCUGUAUCAAUCUAUCUAGCAUCCACUUUUUAAUUGACGUUGUGCUGAAGAAAGGAUUGGUUGUUUUAUUGAGAAGUUUUUGUUCUUUUUUAUAUAUACAUAGAAUUGUUGAUUGCCACCAUUCAUAUUAAAAUCAUUACAUCAUUGAUAAAAUGGCAGCCUUACCAAAGAGAAUUAUUAAGGAAACAGAAAGACUUUAUUCCGAACCUGUGCCUGGUAUAACAGCCGUGCCAUCUGAAGAAAACCUUCGUUAUUUUGAAGUCACCAUUGAAGGUCCUUCAUCAUCUCCAUAUGCUGAUGGUGAAUUUCAAUUAGAAUUAUAUUUACCAGAUGAUUAUCCCAUGUGUGCACCAAAAGUGAGGUUUUUAACUAAGAUCUAUCACCCAAAUAUUGAUAAAUUAGGUAGAAUUUGUUUAGAUGUAUUAAAAGAUAAUUGGAGUCCGGCCUUACAAAUCCGAACCGUGUUACUAUCUAUACAGGCUCUCUUAGGAGCACCAAAUCCAGAUGAUCCAUUGGCUAAUGAUGUUGCUGAAGACUGGAAGAAAGAUGAGCAAGCAGCCAUUCAAGUUGCCAAGGACUGGACUGCCAAGUAUGCUACAAAGAAGGAGAAUUAAAGAGAAAGUGUAUAUGUGAAAAUGUGAAUGUUUUUUUUUUUCUUUCUAAA